AUGGCGUACCUAGCUCAGUUGGAGGCAGCGUCGAGUAAUCUUUCGGCGGCAGUGGAGGAGCUUGCCUCGCAUUACAGGAAUGGAGGGAUAGACAGUCUAGGUGCUCGACCACCACAGCUGCUACCCACAGAAGCACCCCCAGAAGUCCACAAAGCAAGAGAGUCCGCGUUGGCAAGUCUGACCAAAUUGCAAGUCAUGCUGGCUGGACCGACGGAUUUGCUGCAGAAUCUGGCAGGCCAGCUGCAAUUGCUGGCCUGUAUACAAUGGCUUGGCGACAGUCAAGUCCCGGCUUGUAUUCCGUUGGACGGCACAGCCUUGAUCAAGGAUGUUUCCAGUCUUAUUGGGGUUCCAGAAAGCCAGCUCAGUCGGGUUAUCAGAAUGGCCACAACCGGGGGAUUUCUCCAAGAACCUCAGCCAGGCCAUGUGUCCCAUAGCGAGGUUUCCGCGGCCUUUGUGUCAAGACCGUCGUAUCUUGACGCAGCCAUGUUUUUGGCUGAAACGGCUGCCCCUGCCGCGUUGGCCAAAGCGACAAGUAUAAAGCAGGAUUCCGACUCCUAUGGGCGAAAGGAUGGGAUCCCUUGUCUGUCUUCCUUCGCCACUGCCAGUCAAGCCCAAAUGCCCCGCCUUCAGCGGCAGUGGCAGGCCUAUCUCCGAUAUGGAACGGGCCAUGUGUGCGAUACAGCAACCGAUGUCUUGACUUGUCUAGAGGCAAUUCGCAUGGCGAAUGAAUCUGCCGUUGUUGAGGUCGGCGCAAGAUCCACAGAACGGGCCAUCGCUCUUGCAAACCAAUAUCCAUCGCUCCGCUUUACAGUCCAACUCCAAUCCUCCAGACAUGACCGACUUCGGACAUCGAAUCCCAGGAUAACCAUCUCCCACCGACAGCCAGGAUCAACACAACCAAUUCUCGACGCCGCACUGUACAUCCUCAAUUUUCCCAUCCCCGUGCCAGGAUCAUCACCUGCCUUGGUGGCGACGCACCUCUCGGCUGAGCUUCGCGCACAUCUACCUGCGCUGCGGCUUAACCGUUCGGCUACCUUGGUCGUCGUUGCGCCCUCGAGGUCGGAUUCAGAUGAAGGGAUAAGGCUGGCUCGGAUCCGCGAUCUGUCCCUACUACAACUGGCAAGGCAACGCGAGUUGGGGUUGUCCGAAGUGAUCAACCUGCUGAACGGAGUCAGCGACGGGGAGGGAAGACUGGUGCUGGUGAAUCAAGUGCGAUCUGUGGGAAAGUAUGGGGUCACUGCGUUGGAGGUGAAGUAUCAGCCUCAUGAAUUGGUCCGAUAA